CAGGUGCGACGCAUGUGGACAAAAGAAAGAUCCAGAACCUGGUCAGACAGGGUUUUUCGUGGGAAUAUGUGGCUAGAUGAGGAUUGGAUUGAAAACUUGCGAAUGUCCCGUGCAACUUUCGUGUACGUAUGUGACCGACUUCGUCCUUACAUUGAACGACAGGAUACACGGAUGCGAAUGGCUGUGCCAGUGGAGGACAGGGUUGCGUUGACACUGUGGAAACUCGCUACCCCAGGGGAAUUCAGGACUUUGAACCAGUUGUUUGGGCUUGGCCGAUCCACCAUUUGCACGAUUGUCCACGACACUUGCCAGGCCAUAUGUGAGGUUCUUCUUGCCAGUUACUUAAAAUUUCCCUCAGGGGACAGGUUGACGGAAGUAGUGAAUGGCUAUGAGGAUGUUUGGGGUGUUCCUCAGUGUGCUGGAUGUAUAGAUGGGAUGCAUGUACCUAUAAAAGCGCCAACAGAACAUCCAGCUGACUACUACAACAGGAAGCAAUUCCAUUCUAUAGUGUUGCAAGGAACUUGUGACUACAAGUACUGUUUCACAGACAUCUUCUUUGGGUUUGCUGGGCGUGCACAUGACGCACGAAUACUGGCCAAUUCAACACUGUACGAACUUGGUUCCAGUGGUAAUUUGUUACCUGACCGGCCUAGACUACUAGGAGGUGAAAAUAUCCCACUUUUCGUAAUUGGUGACCCAGCGUAUCCCUUGUUACCUUGGAUAAUGAAGCCUUUUGGGAACAGAGGACGGUUAAAUGCCCAGCAGAACCGACUAAAUUAUAGACUGAGUCGGGCAAGGAUGACCAUUGAAAAUACAUUUGGGAGGCUUAAAGGAAGAUGGAGAUGUCUGAUGAAGAAGAACGAGUACACGUUGGAAACUAUCCACAAUGUUGUAGUUGCAUGUUGUAUUUUGCACAACAUUUGUCAAGUGCACAAGGAGCCAUAUCGACGACAGUGGCGUGAUGAAGUCAGGCGGAUAGAGGGUGAAGAUCCACUCAGGAUGGUUCAGCAAGUAGUCCAUCCCCCUAACGCUGAUGCGCUUGCAGUACAUGCAAAUAAUGUCCGAAAUGCUCUCAUGCGUUACUUCAAUCAUUGACUGUAGAACAGUGACAUGGUCAUAACAGAAACAUUGAUGCACAUCAUUGACACAAGACAUUUUAUUACAUAACAUUUUAAUGAUCAGCAGUGAUUCAUAAGCGUAUGAAUAAAGUACAAAAAUAUUGUGAAAUUCAAUUUAGUUUUUUUUCUAAUUAUGGAACUACAACUUUAAAUCUACAUAUUGCCCCCCAGCUUGACCAACAAUACACAACAGUGGUGGGGAUCACUGGAAUGUCAUAAUUUUGAAGACUAGUUAAGAAUUGCACUAAAUUCUGGCAUGCCCUCCCAAAAUGGCUAGAGUUUGACCUGACUUGACUUUCACUCAUUAUUAUUCAGUACAUCAAAGCUGGACCUGAGUGUUUCGAACAAGCCUCUGCGUUCCUCGUUUUCUGCAACAAGGGGUUGCAUCGGUAAUAGUGGUCGCUGAGGCAGCUGUCCCAACAAAUUUGGCAUCUGUGGCUGCAUGUUUGGGGGUGACAGAGGGACAGGUCGAAUUGGCAUCUGCAUUGCUGGACCAGCUGUUGGACCUGAAACAAAAGCGUUGUACAAUAUAAAUGAGCUUUGUUGCAGAUGCAUGAGGGCAACCAAGGAAAUUCCAUCCUCACUACAUGUAUAUUUCAAAUCAACCAUGCACCUUAAUAUCAAUAGCCCAUGAUUUCAGCCUCGGAGUGACAAUUGGAUGGUAUAAGGAUGUACCUGUGCCAUAGCCAGGCAUGACCGGUUGUGAGAAACUGCUCAUCAUCAGCCUCAUCAUCUCCAUCUGUUGCUUAAAUUCGUUGGCCCGCAUCUCCCUCUCCAUGGCAACUUGUCUUUCCAUUUGACGAUCUUGAUACUCAUAAAAGCGAUCGUCAGUCUUCUGGACUACGUUGCUUAUGGCAUCAAUCAUGGUUGUGUCCUCUGACUUCCGCUUCCGUUUGGUCUUGGGCGGCUGAAAAUCUGAAGAAUUUUAACAUGGUUUAGCUUGAUGCAAUUUAGAUCACUGCAAGGCUGAUCUCGGCUAACAAUUCAUAGCAAAAAGGCUGGGGGGGGGCUACCUGUUAGUUCAGUCAGCAUUCUGAUAAUACAUUUCUGGGUGGGUCAGUUAUUCUCAAGAUUUGAUUGACAUCCUACUUAAGAUUGGCUGAACCUGAGUAGUCAGGCAAGAGAAAUUCUUCUUUUUUUUAAUGUCUUGGCUUAUUUUCAGGAGAGAAGGCAAACCUUUCAUCACAGUGUCAUAUUCAAUUAAUUUUGUUUAAAAUAUUUACCAUUGAGGAUGGUCUUCUUCUCAGUCUUGUCAUCGUCUCUCUUCACUACCGGUACCCCUGGUUUGGCUUUGUUCCGCUUGUCUUCCCCUGCUUCGGUCUGUUUGACAGUGACUCUGGUCUUUCCUGGGCCUGUAAAGACCGGGAUGUAGACAAUAAAACUGCUGAUCCUGGCACUAGCAAUAUGUAAAUUGGUUCUGCUCUAAAGUUGGUAGUUUUGACAGUAGGCCUACAGCACUGAUCAGUGUAUGUAAGAAAUCCUACUGUCACUAGUAACAUGUAGCCUACCAAAGUGUCAUUACAUGUAAUUUCUUGUACAUGAAUUAGAAUUUAACUGAAAGUUGGCGGACUUCCAAUUCAAUAAUCUUACACAGCGGUACCGGUAUAGGGAUCCAUCCGUCCAUGGUGUCCAAAGGUGAGUAUGUCUAUGACAAGAUGACAAGCCUUAGAUCAACACUUUACUUACGAUUUUCUUUUGGCCUAGUGUUCGGCGUGUUAAUCUGGGGUGUCGGCGGGGGUGGAGUUAAAGUCAAAGGGCGUAUCCCAUCCAGUGCAUCAUUCUCCUCGCCCGGGUCAGUGAUGGCACCGUCGUCUUGGUCAAGUUGGCCUAAGUCGAUGCUAUCUUCAUCGCUCUCAUCCAUCCAUCGCCUAGUCACAGGUGGGGAAGCGUUGCCGGCGCCCUCAUCAAUCCUUCGCCUAGGCAAAGGGGUGUGCCUACCGGUUCCAGCAGCCAUGGCAGCAGUGUCGAUAACACGCGCAGGGUCUGUGAUGGGCCUGUUCCCCAAAAUUUGGUCCAUCAUGUCAUAAACCCUAUUCAACAAACGCGUGUGCCCUGACUUGCCAUUUAUCUUCUUGUCUCUGUAAUAAUCAGUUCUCAGAGCUUUCAUUUUAGUACGACACUGCUCUGCAGUGCGGUCGUACCCCUGAAGAUUCAGAAGUUCAGCCACUCGUUGGUAUAUGGGGAGGUUUCGAUGAACUACCCCGAGUUGGGCCUCAAUAUCCUCCUCAAGCCAAAUGGAGAUUAGCUCAUCCACCUCGGCAUGAGCCCACACAGCCCCUCUAUUCGCCAUUGAAGAGAAAAAGCUGACAAACGGAAGAAAUCUGACACUACAUGCACUAUUGACAACGAAAUGACAGAUCAUGCGUUCUCCAUGUGCUAGAACGGAAAUAACAUAAUGCGCAUGGGCACAGGAGGGCAGCCUUGUUAAUGCGCAUUGAGUUGUUCACACCGAAUGCGUAUCGGGCGAUCCGAAUUCUGAUGCGAAUUCAAUACGGUGCUGGAACCGUUUUCGAUAAACCGAUUUGGCAUCAUUCCAAAACGAUUUCAG